AAUCAAAUUGCCAAACAUUAAAACUACACAGACCAACAACAACUUCUUCACAAAAUUUUAAUGUUCUUUUUUUUUGCUUAAAUGCCCUCAGUAAAGGGGUAUAUGUCAACAUAAAAGAAUUGCAGUCAUAAAGAAUGAUAGAUCCAUUUUAGUAGCAGUUUCACAUUUCCAAGAAAUCUAAAAUCACAUAAACCAAGCAAAACAAAAGGAUGAUUCCGAUCCUUGAAAUCCUCACAAUCCUCCAAUAGAAAUUCAUCAUUUUCUUUUGUCUGUAUUUGUUUUUGCUGUCAUGGAAGGUCGCCGGAGGCUAACGCUUCUCGAUCAGAUGUCAGCAAGUGGGAACGGGAGAGACUUAGCUGGUUUAAGCCUGGACGACGUCUUGCUGGCCCCUGCAGCCAAACAGCCACCUCCACCUCCUGCUCUGCCCCCAACCAUCUCGGGUCGGACUUUGCUCGAUAUAAUCCGAGACGAAGAGCCCAAGUCCUACCGGGCCCUGAUUGGCAAGAAGGAUAAGAAAGCCUGGAAGUCGUUUAAAGACCGCCUCCGCCUGAAACGCGCGGGCUCUGCUUGGGCCUCCUCCGUCCGCGUCCCCACGUCGGAUAUCCCUAUCCGGAAUAACACUGUUCACGGUUCCAAUCACCAACAUCUUCACCUUCACCUGAGAUCGCGUCGCAGCUCAGUGAGAUACGCUACGCCCGAGACAAAUCUCAACAUGGUUCAGCAAGUAGACGAGAGCAAUUCCGCGGGAAUGCGGCAGAUUUCGCGCCGGAGCUCGACCCGGUUCGGCCCGAACGCGUCGAUUCCGUCCGACGAGCCCGACUCGGACAGUUCGGGUCAGAACGCGCGGGCGCCGAUGUUCUCUCGUCGGAGUUCCGUGCGGUUCACGGCCGACGAGAUCGGGACCGACUCGCCCCGGCGACGGUUGUCGACAGCGCUGGAGGAGGAGAGGUCGCUGUCCGCAAGAGAAGCGGUUGCGGCGCAAGUGGCCGCUGAGGCCGCAGCCGCAGCGGCGUCGGCCGAAGAGGCGGAAGCGAUGCAUGGAGCGGCGCAAAACGACGUGCCGUCGGCGGACGGGGGUGCAGCGGGUACGACGACGGAGGCGGAGCCGGUGAGGAUGUCGUUGAUGGACCUGUUGGAGGAGACGGACAGGCAGAUGGGGCUGGAGUCGAGUUACACCAUGGAUGACGAGGAUGAAGAAGAGUACGAGGAGGAAGAAGAAGAGGAGGAGGAACAGGCGGAAGUAGGGAACGUAGAGUAUAAUUGCUGCGUGUGCAUGGUAAGGCAUAAAGGUGCUGCAUUUAUCCCCUGCGGUCACACGUUUUGCAGGAUGUGCUCCAGAGAGCUCUGGGUGCAGAGGGGCAAUUGCCCCCUCUGCAACAAUUUCAUCUUGGAAAUUCUCGACAUUUUCUGAAGAAGAACCGAAAGAAGUCAUUUUUAAUUGGUGUACAACUUUGAACUUCUCUCUGUUUCACUCCACCACUUUGUUUCUUAAUUGGAGUUAUUAGAAACAAUUUUAUUUUAUUUUUGCUUUUUGUAUAUUUGCUUUCAAGUUUUUACUUGAUGUAUCAAUAGUUUCAGACUUUCAGUGAAUGAAUGAAUGCCUUCUUUCUGGGCUCUUUUCUGUACA